AUUGUUCAAACGUCUUUGUCAUGUUAAGAAUAAUGUAUUAUAGGACCAUAUGAUGAUGAUAAGUCACUCUCAAACCUUUUUCCCUUGACUCUCACUUGGUGAUAGAUUGUUUUGUUCUUCAGUUUUCUUGAAUAUAGAUUCUAGAAGGUGCAUCUCUUAUUGCUGAAGAAGCAAAUAUGCUAUCUCAACAUUUGCUUCUUCAGCAAUAGGAGAAGCACUUUGUAAAUUAUGUACAUUUCUAGUUUAGAUUUUUGUACAUAGAGAAUAUCUUGCAAGUCCCUCAAAUGGUGUAACUACUCUGGCUUUAUAUGCCAAUCUAAUGAGAAUGAUUCCAGCAGGGAAGUUGUUAGGGUCACGAUAUUUUUUUCUUUUUUCUCCUAUCACAUCUUGCGUUUAUGUUUUGGGUGUGUUUCAUUUCGUUUUAGGGUUUAGGGAAUCAAAGAUAUAAAAAUAAUCACUUAAAAUGCAUUUUGUAUUGAAAAUGUUGUUACAAUGUUACAUCAUUCAUUUAUCAAAUCGGAAAAGUUUAGUCUGUGGACGGUUUGGCAUGCUUCAUCUAAUUAAGAAACAAAGUAGCCCCUCCUAUGAUGUGUUAAGCUUUAACUAUAAGCUAGAUCUUUUCAAAAUAAGACCACAGUGGUUACUUCUCAAUACAGUGAGAUUUGAACCUUUGAUAUUAUAUGGAAGUCACUUUCUAGUUUAAGAAUUUAUUUAUUUUUUUUGAAAUAUGUAUGUGUUGUUAUUGACCUCUUUGGAAACUGGUGCUUUAAUUAAGAUCAUAGUGAUCCAUCUGAGUCAACAAAAUCUAAUCGUUCUCAUCCUAAAACAAACAAUUGAUUUGAUAGUGAUCCAUCUGAGUCAGCCAUAGGUUUUGGUGACUCCUCUGGAAACCCUAUUCAAAUUCAAAAAUUUAGCAAUGUAUUUACACAAACAUAAGUGUAGUUAAAUCUCCAAACUCUUCUUAUCCUUCUCAUCUCCUUACAAAUCCUCCCUCUCUAUUCCUCUCCUUGCUUCCUUCAUAAACCCAAAACGUUUCAUUCCUCGGUUUGUCUUUUCCUACAUCCAUGGCAAUCUCAGACACAGGUCCCCUGGUCCAGACCACCCCGCUCGUCACUUUCCUCCAGCGCGUGCAACUCGAAGCACACCGGUCCUAUCCAAAUGAAAAAACCCCUGACCCCAAAUUCUACAUUGACCUAUCUCUCAAGCUUCCUCACCAUCUCUCCACCGUCGAGGCCGCCUUCAACGACCUCACGAGCGGAUCACGUGACCUACCAGUGCCAGUGAAGAAGCUUGAAAAGUUCGUCCAUGAAUACUUCGACGAUGCGAAGGAUCUGGUGCCUCAUGAACCAGAGGAUUUCGUCACAGAUCCCUUUGAGUUCCUCCUCAACGUGGAGAACGAUCAAGUCAGAGAAUGGGCACGUGAGGUGCACAGCCUUUGGAAAACACUAUGCUACAGAGUCUCUGACUCCGUGAGAGAGUCUCCUGACCGGCACACGCUUCUACCGUUGCCGGAACCGGUUAUCAUUCCUGGUUCGAGAUUCAAAGAAGUCUAUUACUGGGAUUCUUACUGGGUUAUCAAAGGACUUAUGACGAGUAAAAUGUUCACUACGGCCAAAGGUAUAGUGACGAAUCUGAUGUCACUUGUGGAGACUUAUGGUUACGCGUUGAACGGAGCUAGAGCUUAUUACACCAACCGAAGCCAACCACCUUUACUGAGCUCAAUGGUCUAUGAGAUAUAUAACGUAACCAAAGAUGAAGAACUUGUGAGGAAAGCUAUCCCCGUUCUUCUCAAAGAGUACGAGUUCUGGAACUCAGGAAAACAUAAGGUGGUUAUUCGGGAUGCUAGUGGCAAUGAUCACAUGUUAAGCCGCUAUUACGCCAUGUGGAACAUGCCUAGACCUGAAUCCUAUGUUUUUGAUCAAGAAUCUGCUUCAGCGUUUUCGAGUACGUUACAGAAACAACGGUUCCUUCGAGACAUAGCCACGGCUGCUGAAACAGGAUGUGAUUUCAGCACACGAUGGAUGAGGGAUCCUCCUAAUUUCGCAACGAUGGCUACAACAUCAGUUGUUCCUGUUGAUCUAAAUGUUUUUCUUCUCAAGAUGGAACUCGAUAUAGCGUUCAUGAUGGGGAUUUGUGGGGAUAAAAACGGCUCAGAGCGUUUUGUGAAAGCGUCAGAAGCGAGAAAGAAAGCGUUUGAAGCUGUGUUUUGGAACGAAAAGGCAGGACAGUGGUUAGACUACUGGCUUUCCUCCGAUGGUGAUGAGCCUGAGACAUGGAAAGCUGAGAACCAGAACACCAAUGUUUUUGCAUCUAACUUUGCUCCAAUCUGGAUCAGUUCCUUUAAUUCAGAUGAAAAUCUUGUCAAGAAAGUUGUGAAGGCUCUCAAAAACUCAGGGCUCAUAGCUCCUGCUGGGAUCUUAACGUCUUUGAAAAACUCAGGACAACAGUGGGAUUAUCCGAAUGGAUGGGCCCCGCAACAAGAGAUAAUUGUUACAGGGCUUGCGAGAACGGGUGUAAAGGAAGCUAAAGAGAUAGCAGAGGAGAUUGCAAGGAGAUGGAUCAGAAGCAGCUAUAGUGUUUACAAGACGAGCGGUAGUAUUCAUGAGAAGCUCAAUGUUGCAGAGUUUGGUGAGUAUGGUGGUGGAGGUGAAUAUAAACCACAGACGGGCUUUGGGUGGUCAAACGGAGUUAUAUUAGCAUUCUUGGAGGAGUUUGGAUGGCACUCUGACCUUUUUAUUAAACAUUAAUUAAAGAUCUAACCCAUUUUAUUUAAUCAAAAACUUUAUAAUAGUGGUAAUUUUUCUUUGUUGUGGAUCUUGGGGUUCUGUCAGAAUGUUUUGGAGUUCCAGAUGUUUUAUGAUGACAAGUGAGGUUUAACAGAUCUAUUAACGUUUAUUGCAUACGUUUUAGUCUAUUCAGUCUAUUACAACCA